AUGGAACACUUGAAAGAUGAGCCUUACAUUGAUUGUGCCGUACUCAUAGUAGAGUAUGCCUUUGCCAAUGGAGCGCUCUCUAGAUACGUGGCAUGGACUCGCCCCCACCUGCUUUGGGAUGAUGCUUCUGUUAGGCAAGCACCCCCUUCUCAUCCAAAUGUCAGUGAGCAGCCGCGCUCGCCUAGUCCUGCUGUCGUGUCACAGACAAGCAAUGUGGCGGGCCCAUCUACUGCUACAACUAGUCCUAUCCGGCAAUACCAUUUCCAUACUUACUACAUCAAAGAACGCCCAUCAGAGCUCGUAGAGACAACAGACGAAGAACUGGAAGAUGAAGAGAACGAUGCAUGCAAUGCUAUUUUGCCUAUGGAAGUUGAGAAUUACAGGUUUCCUCCUCAACCAUUUCAACGUUGA